CUGUAUAAGUAAGGAAGGUGAGCAGAAAAGAAGACUUUUUCAUAUUUGGGAAGGUUAAGUUAUAGAAGAAAAAGUGUACCAAGAUGAAAUACUGUUGUAAACUGAGCCUAUGUUAAACAGGCAUAAUGAAGAUAACUGUUCAGGUCAUUAAUGUGGUUGGAUGAUGUAUUAUGUACUUAAGAGCAUGUGAGAAGAACUGGUCUGACUGUCAAACUGUCAUCUUAGGUCCUCCAGCUCCCUUCCGAACUAUGAUGAGCUAUGAAACGCAGAGGCCAGUAAAGAGAGGACUCACAAAGGAAAUUACAUGUCUGAAGGAUUUUAUUAAUGAUCCCAAAAGAGAAGAACCUCUAGUUGGCUUAGAACAUGUGGUUGAAAUCAGAUUUGAAGGAAGGAGAGAGCCGCAUUAUGAAUGCAAGCUGUGUGGGUUUAAUACAGAGAUGGCACCCAUGAUAGAACAUCUUAGUGGAUAUAAACACAGAAGAGCAUACAUAUCUAAAGAAUUUCCAGACAAAAUGAAGAGAAAGGCAACAGAUGUAAAAGAAUGCAAAGUCUCAUUUCUCAAAAGAAUAGCAGGAGAACUAGAGAAGACUGAAGGAUUAAAAAUGUAUAAGAUUGAAGGUUACAUAAGACCAAGUACCUCACCCCCAUCAAAGAAGAAAGCAAGGUGGGAUGAUGAUCAUAAGCAUGAGAAUGAUCCUUUUUGGAAACAGAAAGCUUUAGAGUUCUUGGAGACUUUUCACAUCACCUCAGACUCAGAAGCAACACGUGUUGUUCGUGUUACGCAGGAGCUCACGGAAGCUUUGAAGUCCUUUUGUGAAAAGAAAGCAGUGGUGAAUUAUACUAACAGACUGAGGCCAUUGAUGCCAAUGUCUCGAGGUGGAUUUCCUGCAAGAAGAAACUUCACCAAACCAUAUAAGCCAUAUGGAAAAUACAAAGGAAAUUUUAACUGGAAUCAACGUUUUUUCUCUCAGUAUAAACAGUGUGCUGCAGAUAAUUCUUUUGCUCCUGCGAACUCACACAGUUACCAAACUGAUGAUGGAUCAUCUUCCUAUGAACUAAGACCUGCUGACUCUGCAAUGAUGUCAGCACUCAGGGACUCCCUUGCUCUCCAGACUGGAAGUUCUGCUGGUGGUAUCAGUGAAUGGCUGAGGCAGUUCAAUCAGUCUGCUUCUAACAACAGUCCAGCCCUUGGGGCCUCUUCUUAUGCGACAGGUUCUGUGAAUGAGUACUCAGCAGAGUAUAUGUCCAAAGAUGUGCAAGGAGAUAACCUCCCUGGUAACAGAAUGCCAUAUGACAGGGAAGGUACAAGUUGGAGGAAUCAACAAACGUGUAGCAAAGCAAGGAGUAUAAGUGAUAAGAGAUUACCCUAUCCCAAUUCUUCAUAUCCUUCAUCUGGAAAAUACUCAAACAACUAUCCUUCACAAGGCUAUUUCUCUUACAAGAGUGAUGGGUCUGUGAAUUCUUGUACUUCUUCUACAAAUUCUGCUUUUUCAAGAAGAGGUGGCUCUAGGUGGAACCAGAACUCUAGGUGGAACCAGCGUCCUAGCUGGAACCGGGACUCAAACUGGAACCAGGGCUGUAGCUGGAAUCGAGACUCUAGCUGGAGCCAGGGCUCUAGCUGGAACAAAGAAUCUAACUGGACCUGGGAAUCUAGGUGUCAAGAAUAUAGGCACGAGAAAUCAGGUGAUAAAAAUGAUUGGGGUUCACAUCACUAUUCCUUCCCUGGCGGUGGCUCAUACAGAGAUAAUGAGCAGUUCAGAAGCUCAGAUAAGAUGUUUGGUGAAGACGCCGUUGGUCGUGCUCCCAACGUUUUGAACAGACUGGAAGGAAAGGAUAUACCUGUGAUGACUGGGGUGCUCAGACAGCUGGCUUCAUGUUAUCCAGCACUUGUAAGAUUGUGAUAAGUGAGAACUAAAUAUUCAGAUGUUAGCCAGUUGCUAAUACAACCUAGAGGAAAAGAUUAAGGAACAACAACAGCUGAACUGGAAGCAGAUGAACAGACUCAAGAAUCUCUGUAUCUUGGAUUUCAGGAAAGAGACUGCAUUUAAGUGUAUUUUUGGAAGGGGAAAGGGAGGUAGAGUGUUAUCUUUUUAACGUAUUAAAUGUAGCUGGAACACAAACUUGCACAUAAUGAAGGUGAAUACUAAUUUUUUUUUUUUUAGGCUUUUUUAAUGUAUUUGUUACAUCUUAGUGUAUUGCAGAGAAAUCUUUUUGUUAUUUUUUAAUAUGUUAUUCUGUCAGCAAAAAGCUGAUCACCCUUUUAAUAACCUUCCCCACUCGGAAAAAAGAGUUUGCUUUUAUGUUAAAUUUGGGGGAAGAACACUCACUGAAAAUACAGAUCUGUUGUUUAAAAAUCCAAAUAUGCUGUUCUUCACACAAAUUUCAGGUCAGUUCAGUUAACUUAAGCCUCUGUAGUUGGGAUGUUUGUAGAAAUAGAUACACUACAUUUCUGUUUAAUGAAAGGAGAGGAGAGUGUGACAUUAUUUUGUUUUAUUUUUGCAGAACAGAGACGUACAAUAUCUGCACUUUUAUAUCCUGUUGAGGAUGAAACUUGUGAAUUGACUUAAUUCAUUUGAUAAAUGGGUCCAUGCUAAAAUGGAAAAUUCUUCAUUCUUUGUGCUGACAAAAGCAUACUGAGACAUAGUAGAACCCAUAUGGCAAUUACAUAAUAAUAGGGGAAACUAAAUUAUCAAAGUGACACAAUAACAGAAAUGAGCACCAGUUCAUUGUGUUUACCAGUGGUCUGUAUUUACAUUUCUUCUCUCUGCACUUCUGAGCUGUAAGCUCACCAGUGCUUACCUUUAGAUGUCUGCUGUAUAUAAUCAUAUAUAGCUAACGUGGGGUUAAAGAAAAGGACUAGCUUGAGACAGUUUACUCCCAGUACUCUGCUCUCCUUUUCCCUGCUCUGUUCUGGGCAGUCAUCUUUUUUUCUAACCAUAUCUGGAGUAUUUUUCUCUGCACAUUAAAUACUUGUGCUGAACUCAGGUUUGUCUUCAUAAGCUAUACAAAUAUAUUUUUGCAUUCAUAAAAAAUAACCUUUUGGACAUAGUCACAUAAAUUUGUAACCCAAAAGCAACAAAGCAACUUAUAGGGCAUGUACACUUGAUUCUCUAAAACCCUAUUCUUGUUUGGACUGUGCAUCAGAAUACAUCUGCUUUCCUUUUUCUUCACUGCCUCCUUUUCUCCAGGAAGUGUAGUGCAAGUAAGUUUCUGGAAACACAGAAAAACUGAAUCAAAGUUAAGUUUUUUUCAGCUGAGGUCUUCAUAGAGAGGUUUUUCUUUCUACUUUUGAC